CUGAUGUUUUUCCUUUGGUCGAUGGGGUGUAUGGUUGCGAUAGAACAAGGGGGUUCUCAAAGAGUUGUCGCAAACGGAAACUAAUCUUCUUUGUUCCAACAUCCGCACUUUUUGCAACGCGAGAAGUCUGCACGGAUAAAUCCGAUUCACAGGUCUGGUCUUAUUACUGCGGUAUCUCCAACUCCUAUUCCAUUGUUACACUAGCGAACAAAGCUUCCGUUUGCAUCCCCCUUUGUUCACCAUAUAGGAACACCGGAUAAGAUCAGAACUCCCCACCCCUGAGGAUCCAACGGACGAAACACUCUCACACUUUCUCUCCACUCCUUCUAGUCUCAUGCAAGAUUUCCCCCGCAAUGCCACGACACAACCCCCCAUUCCAGCAAGCUUUUACGUAUUUCUCGCAAGACGCCAGGCGAUACAUACGCCAAAAUCGUCCAAGAUGGAGCACUACCAAUAUAAACAUCACGAUAGACACAAUCUGGCACGGGAACCAAGCACUUCGAACAUACUAUGGAGCUCACGCAGCCAACAACGUGACCCGUAGAAAUCUAGCCGGAUUACCCACACCAAAUCCCAUCCCAGACCGGCCGUUCACGAGAGCAAAUCUCACAGCUGCGCGCACACACGGGCAGUUACCAGCAGCCGCUCCUCCUGCCGCUACAGCACCCGCGGCCAUUGCCCCAGCAGUCGUUGGAGCAGCCGGCAUCGCACCAGCACCAGCACCAGCCCAGCAGUCCGGAAACAACUACCCCUUCGACUUCUGGCCCUCGCAAUGGGACCCCGACCCCGACACGGAAGGCUGGCCAACACUAGACGAGAUAACCAGCGAACGCGAAGCGCGGAAAGCUUUUCUUGCCCUCCCGCUCGCGAGGUGGCAGGAGAGUGCGUCGCCGUGGACAUGGCGCGGCGCGCGGUUCCUGGGGUCGGGAUCGUUUGGCAGUGCGGGGCUGUGGGUGCGCGUGGACGAUUAUGGGAAUAUUCGGGAUCGUCUAGUUGUCAAGGACUGCCAGCCUGCCAGGUCGGAAUGGCGGAAUCCGAUAUACUGGCGCGACAAGCUCCCGCGCGAGAUCAGUUUACAUCGCCGGAUUGAUCGGCGACGCGCGCUCCUCGACCCCGCGCCUGGGUUUGAGAAUAUCGUCCAGCACCGCGGAUACCGGCUGAUGAUGUCGAAGCGGCGGUACAGAUUGUACCUGAAGUACUACGCGGGCGGGGACCUCUACCGCGCCAUGGGGCAACACGUGAGUUUCUGGACGGCGGUGCCGGGCAUGGAGCGCAACCAUGUCCUAGGCAUCACGCGGCGCAUCCCCGAGCACUUCAUCUGGCACGUCUUCGCCUCCCUCGUGCGCGCAUGUCGCAUCCUGCGCACCGGCACCCUCGACACAACUCCCAUCCCGCACUGGAAGCCCAUCACACACCUCGACAUCAGCCCCAGCAACAUCUUCCUGCUCGAGCACGGCCGCGCCACACACCGCCCCACCAUCGUGCUCUCAGACCUAGGCAUGAGUUUCUCGGAGCUCGAGCACGACGCCGCCGGCCCAUCAGACAACCCCAUCGAAUACACCACAGACACAUACGAGACGCGACACCCCCCCGAGCAGCAGCGCGUCCGCGGCAACCCGCCCGUCCCCCUCGACGAGAAAACAGAUAUCUUCCGCAUCGGCAGCACCAUUUGGGAGCUGGUGGCGCACUCGUGGUCGGAUCUGGGUCCCAUGGUCGAGAACGCCGCGCUGAAGGACAGGCUGGGCAAUCCGAUCCACGCCGUCAAUGCGCUGCAGCCGGUUUCUGGCACGGAUCGUGGGCUGCUGACGGAGAGCGCGGUGUUUCCGAUGCCGUCGCGCGCUUAUCCUGCUGCGAAUGCGUAUUCGCCUGAGCUGAAGAGGUUGGUGAGGCGGUGUUUGGAGUGGCGGGCUGAGGAGCGCGUGGGGCUUGCGGAGUUGGAAGGCGCAAUUCAGUUAUUUUUGGAAGCGAAUCCGGAUGUAAGGACCGAUGUGCAGAUGCCGCUGUUUACGGAGAAGAAGGAGAGGUUUGAGCUAGGGGCCGAGUUCGAGUCUGGGGUGGGGCUGCGGAGGCGCAGGUAGGCUUUGAAGAUGGGAUGGGCGCAUGUGGUUUUGAAGGAUGCGUUUGCUGGAAUGCAUGUUGGAUUGCUGUGGCUUUCUUCUUCACGGCUCUUAGACACUGUACCUCUGGUGG